CCGGGUGAAAAUCUGUCUCUCUGAUUGGCUGAGCGGGCCGGCUCGCAGACAGGUGGAGAUGGCAGCUCAGGUGUUCGCGGUGCUGCUGCUGCUGAGCGGCUCGGUGCUCCUCGGUCUCUCCUCCCUCGGAUCCGGUCCGGACUCCGAGCGCGGCAUGACGGAGCUGAGGCGCGUGCGGAGCCUCGCCGCUCACCCCGGGUACGGAGGAUGUUGGGCGCGAGCUCUGGAGCACCUGCACACGCGCUGCAGGGACAUGACGUCGGAGAGCCAGAGCCGGAUCGCGUUGAGUUUCACCUUCUGUCACCUGAGCAGCUCAGGCAGGGAUUUCCCAUCAUGCCCUGAGGGAUCAGAGGUCAGCAGCUGUACAGGUGUGAUGGACGCUGUGGCCUUUAACGCCUACACAGAGUUCUUCACCCACACACACUCCAUCUGUCACUUCCUGCAGUCUGAGGCCUGGCAGAGCCGAGCAGAGAGCACUAUGUACAGGUUAACGGAGAGUUCAGCAGGUGUAGCCGAGCAGCUUCUGUCCACCAGGCAGAUGGCUGAGGACCUAAUUGUUGCCCAGAGUGCUACCUUGGAGGCACAGAAGGAGAUCCUUAACAACGGAGAGGAGCUGAGAGUCACCCUGAAAGACUCCACCCAGGGUCUGCGGUCGGUGUUCUCGGAGCUCAACAGUGCCUCGAGGGAGCAACAGGUGGCGCUGUCUGAACUCUUCAACAGAGUUUCCUUCCUGCAGACUUUCCUGCUGAUGGAGGCUCACAGUCUGAGCUCCUGCUGCUACAACGCCGCUGCUCUCUGCACCGCCUUCCUCCUCACCUCCACCCAGCGCUCCUCCAGAGCCAGGUUGGUGUUGUUGAGUUUGGUGUGUUUAAAUUUCUACCUGGAGAGGAAGAUCUACCAGUUUGUGGUGACCUCUGAUCAUCCUGAACACAAACACAUGGAGCUGGUCAGUGUGUAUGCGAGUGUGUUGCGGCGCUUCAUGGUGUGUGUCGGAGUGUGUGUGCUGCUGUGUGUGUGUGUUCGGUACAGAGACCCCCUGCAGCAGAGUCUGCAGGUGUUGCAGCAGCUCAGGGAGACGCAGAGGAGCCUGCAGGAGGCGCUGCAGCACGCAGAGAGUUUGGGGGAACAACAGAAGAAGAAUCCGCUGACUGUGAAGAGGAGGUCCGAGAGCAGAAGAAGAGAGGAGGCGCCGAGGAGGAGAGAAGAGAUAAAAGAAGAAGAUGAAGAGUGCAGCACGUUGGUGUCUCCGACCACAGACCAGCAUGACCUGUCUCACCUCUCAGACUUCGGGCAGUUCCUGUCUCACCUCUCAAACAUCGGUAGGAGUACUGCCAGUAUUCUCAGCAGUACAAGGAACAGUUCAGCAGCUGACGUCACCCUGCAGCCCUACCUUACCCACAAUGCCUCAGUGCUGAGUCCCACUACCCACAAUGCCUCAGUGCUGAGUCCCACUACCCAGAAUGCCUCAGUGCUGAGUCCCACUACCCACAAUGCCUCAGUGCUGAGUCCCACUACCCACAAUGCCUCAGUGCUGAGUCCCACUACCCAGAAUGCCUCAGUGCUGAGUCCCAUUACCCAGAAUGCCUCAGUGCUGAGUCCUAUUACCCAGAAUGCCUCAGUGAGUCCAGGCAGGCGUCCUCGUCGCUCCUCCUCCUCCGCCCCUCUGGUCUACAGCAUCCUGGUGGAGGACAAACCGCCUCGGUACAGCCUGAGGAGCAGAAGAUCAGAGACUCACUGAAGGAAAGUUUCACUUUGUUCAACACGUUGUACAUUUUAAACACAAUGUUUUUCUUUUUUUCUGAAUAUCAAUUAAACUGAAUUUUAUAUUUUAAACAGAAACA